GCGGGGGCGGCAGGGGACGCGGGGGGGGACACGGGGCCGGCAGGGGACGCGGGGGGGGACACCGAGGCCGCAGGGGCCGCGGAGGGGGACACGGGGUCAGAGGCGGCCGAGGCUGCCGGGGGCGAUGCCGGGGGCGCGGGGGGGAAGGACAAGGGCGCCGGGGACGCGGGUGGCGACGCUGAGGGGGCUCAGGACGCGGGGGGGGAUGCGGGGGUUGCGGAGGGCGAUGCCGGGGAGGAGGCAGCCGGGGGGGGUGCCGGGGGCGGUGCCGGGGCCCCCGCGGGACGUGCCGGGGUGGGGGCUGCCGCGGAGGGGCGGCAGGAGGGGGCCGGGGGACCGGCAGCAGCGGGCAGCAGCCGGGGCCGGCAGGAGCCCACCUGGCUGCAGGACGAGGAGGACGAGCUGUGGCCCGAGUUCCCCCCCUGCUCAUCCCCAGAGGGGACCACCAGCCCCACUUCCCCCAUGUCCCCAACGUCCCCCGGGUCCCCUAUGUCCCCGAUAUCCCCCAUGUCCCCCACAUCCCCAGCGUCCCCCACAUCCCCGGCGUCCCCCACGUCCCCCACAGCCAGCACCGCCGAGGGCUCGGGGGGCAGCGAGAGGGGUGCACCGGCGGAGGGGCCGCGGGGCCAGGUGCGCCCCGGUACAGCAGGGCCGAGGCCGAGGCUGGAGGGGGCUGGGGGGCGGCCACGGGUGAGUGGCCGGGCACAGGGACGCAGCGCCAUCCUGGAGAAGUUCGGAGGGGCAGCCAAGGGUCCGGCCCCACACCUGCGGCGCGUGGGGGGCACGGCCACGGUGAAGGCCAUGCUGCUGGAGUGGUGCCGCGCCAGGACCCGCAGCUACCAGCACGUGGAGGUGCAGAACUUCUCGGGGAGCUGGGGCAGCGGCCUGGCCUUCUGCGCCCUCCUCCACAGCUUCUUCCCCGACGCCUUUGACUACGGCAGCCUGGACCCUGGCGACCGACGCCACAACUUCGCCCUGGCCUUCGCCACCGCCGAGGAACGGGCGGGCUGCGCCCCGCUGUUGGAGGUAGAGGACAUGGUGCGGCUGCCGGUGCCCGACGCCAAGUGCGUCUACACCUACCUGCAGGAGCUGUACCGCUGCCUGGUGGCCAUGGGGCUGGUCAAGACCAAGAAGCGCUGAGGGG